GCGCGGCUCUCUAGUGGAAUGGGAAGGGCAUCGGUGAGUUCGGCUGUCUUGAUUUACCAGCCGGGAACUGAAUAGUUCAUACUUCUAUGUUUCAAGAUGAUGCAUUUCCUGUUGCUGUUCAGUCGCCAGGGGAAGUUACGUCUGCAGAAGUGGUUCCUGCCCCUCCCCGAGAGAGAAAGAAAGAAGAUUGUGAAGGACAUGACCGCUAUGGUGUUGGCACGGAAACCCCGCACAUGCAACUUCCUGCAUUGGAGGGAUCUGAAGAUUGUGUAUAAGAGGUAUGCCAGUCUGUAUUUCUGCUGUGGUUUGGAAAACCAGGAUAAUGAACUUAUUGCUUUAGAGAUUCUGCACCGCUAUGUGGAGCUACUCGACAAAUACUUUGGCAACGUAUGUGAGCUAGACAUAAUCUUUAACUUUGAGAAGGCGUAUUUCAUUCUGGAUGAAUUUCUGAUGGGUGGUGAGGUCCAAGAGACAUCCAAACAGUCUAUUGCGAAGUCUGUAGAGGCAUCAGAUAUGCUGCAAGAGACGAUGGAAGAAUACAUGAGCAAGCCAGCCUUCUGACUACAGCAGACGUGAUGCAAGGUGACAACAGGGAAAUAAUUCUGCCUCCACAGUUUAGGUUGUGUCCCUCGUUCUGGAAACGCAGCUUCACUGCAAGAAGCUACUGUUCAAACUUUAUCCAAGAGGGCUACUGAUGAACUUGUUUUCGCAAUGCUGGUUUAAACAUCUUUCACCAGCCCAUUCAAUUUUAAUAUAACUGAAUCUGGGUUCUAAAGGAAUUUUUGAAUAAUAUUAUGUUUUUUCAGUGUAUAGAAAUGAAUGUAAUGCUGAAUUUCAAUAUUGAUAACUCAAGCAUGCACAUAGAUUGAACUGAUAAAAUUAAAGGGAAAGUUCACCCAAAAAUGAAAUGUUUAUUUGAAGUGCCUUUUCAUGUAAUUGAACAUGUUGCAUGUCUCAGGAGACUGAAGAAGAGAAAAUAAUAUGUAUAUUUUUGAAGGAAUAUUAAUAAUGAUUUGUGAGCACACUUUGUUGAUAUUGUCUUUAUUAAAAAAUAGUUUUGAUAUGAUUUAGUCCUAGUCGAGUGUUUGUCUCAAUUUCCUCUAAUGAGAUGUCCAAUGUGCUGAAAUUACUGUUGAAGUCUGUUCUUACUUCCAGAGGGUGAACAUUUUCUGACAAACUCACCCAGGUAAAAAAACAAAAAACUAUUUGAUCAUUUACUCACCCUAAUGUUGUUCCAAACCCGUAUAACUUUCUUU